GCAACGCUCCACCUCCUCGUCGUUGGGGCGGUUGCCGUGUCUCCAGUGCGCAGGCGUGGGAAAGUUGAACUUCCGAAGUAAAGUUUGUAUAGAUUGAGUGAAAGUGUGUGCGCCAGCGCGACUGAGGAAGAACCCCGAGCCAGGUACCUCCAUGGCCGGCUCUGAAGAGUUGGGUCUCCGAGAGGACACACUGAAGGUUCUCACUGCCUUCCUUAAGCGCGGUGAAGCUGCUGGGUCCCCUGUCCCAACUCCACCCAGGAGCCCUGCCCCAGAAGAGACAACAGAUUUCCUGAGCCGCCUCCGAAGAUGCCUCCCUUGUCCCCUGGGGAGAGGAGCUCCUCCCACGGAGUCCUCUAGGCCCUGCUUUCUUCCCCUCCGCCCCUGCUAUGGUUCGGAACCUGGCCCAGCCACUGCAGACUUCUAUGCCCUGGUUGCCCAGCGUCUGGAACAGUUGGUGCAGGAGCAACUGAAGUCUCCGCCCAGCUCGGAGUUCCAGGGACCCCCACCCACGGAGAAGGAAGCCCUGCUAAGGAGGCUGGUAGCCUUGCUGGAGGAGGAGGCAGAAGUCAUCAACCAAAAGCUGGCUUCUGACCCGGCUCUGCACCGGAAACUGGCCCGCCUGUCAGCAGGCUCUUUCGCCCGCCUUGUGGAGCUCUUUUCCACCCGGGAAGGCAGCGCCUCUCCAAACUGCUCGAGCCCCUCGCUGCCGUGCCCAGGGCCCCCACCGCCAUCCCCGGAUCCGCUGGCACGCCUGGCACUGGCCAUGGAACUGAGUCGGCGCGUGGCCGGGCUCGGGGGUACCCUGGCCAACCUCAGCGUUGAGCACGUGCACAGCUUCAUGCCCUGGAUCCAGGCCCAUGGGGGCUGGGCAGGCAUCCUGGCCACCUCACCUGUGGACUUGAACUUGCCCUUGGACUGAGCGUUCCUGACCCAGCGCAGGUGGCUGACGUGUGACGGCACUGUAUGCUGGGGUUGCCACACUUGUGUUUUUUUUCCAAAAAUAUUGUUUAGAAAUGUCUCUGAAUUAAAUAAAAGCUUUGUUCUUUAA